UUCCUGUUAACAUCCGGGUAACCAACUUGGCGGCUACUUUCAAUAUGGCCACCUUGUCACAUCACUCUAAAACUUGCAGCGUUUAAGCAUGGAUUGGUAUCGUUGUCACGAUUUGAAUGUACAAUACAACACAGUUGUAUACGAUGGAUAGAAAAUGAGUUUUUAAAGCUUUAUUUUCAACAUAUAUCCAUACACUGGACAUCUGAAAUUAUCGAAAUGGGUGACACACUGGAAGUGAAGCAGAUGUUGUUCACCAACCUGCAGUUGUUGGGGUUUGAUGCUGGAGCCAUGGAAGCUUCGUACUGUGUACCAUUUAAUAAAAACAUGUUCAAUCUUCCAAACAAGAAAGGAGCUGAAGUGGUGCUUUUUUUCCUUUUCAACAAACUAAAUCCAAUAAUGUGCCGAGAGGAGUUCAGAGACUGCUGGCCUGUACUUGAUAAACAACAAGAACAACAGUUCCGCAGAACAUGUCACAACUGGCUGGUAAACAUUGCGAAGUCGGAACCAGAUACUCACCUGCCAAGAAUUGUUGCCUCUCAUUUCAUGUCUCCAGGAGGGGACAAGUUCUACAAUCUACUAUUCCACUUUUCUGGAUAUGUGUUGAGGACAGUGAUACGAACAGAAAAUGGUGUCAAAGAAUUUGAACAGCUUCGGUACCCACAAUUAACCACUCAAACAGCCCCCCUAGGAGAUGUGAUGGCCAAGAAUAUUCAAUGUGCUGUAGUACGACUUCGAAAGAAGUUUCUGGAAGAGUCUCAGACUACAUUGGUGCUGAACAGGGAAUGGAAGGACUAUGCCAAUGAGUUGGUGAAGGACUAUCGGAAAUUGUCCAAAGAGUUAAGAGAAGGGGAACACAAGGAACGGGUCGUGAAACAGCGAGCUGCAGAGGCUGCUGUGGUACGAGGCAGCCCUGUGAGGAGGAGGAGAUCAGACUGUUAUGACUCUGAGUUAGACCCGCAGUCCACCAAACGCACUCAGAGAAUACAGCAGGUACGAGAUAUGUGGAAGCAAGUGAAUGAUUUCUGUGAUCGUGAGGCUGCUGAAAGACAGGUUAUAGAAUCCAUCGUGGACCGUACCAUGAGUCAGCACAAAAUAGAUGCUGCCGACAUCAACAUUAAGAUACCUGACCUCCUCCUCCGAGAGUGUGAGCAGGAAAUCCGGAGGCGACAUGUAGACAACACCUUUCAUGGAGGCAAGCUGAACCUUGUUAGUCUGCUACAACUUUGGAACCUUUGUCUCCAUCUGUACAUUGAAAGAUUACACCAAGUAGGUGUACCCGACUUUACAAAGGACCUAGGAUCUGUCACCAAACAGGUCCACAGUAACCAUGCCUACCUGACCAACACCCGGACUCUUAAAAAGGAACUGACCAACAACCUGCCCAAACUGAAAGAAUCUGUGGAGCAACUCCGGGAAAGUCUGGAUAGUCACACUGUCCAAAACAGUACUCCACGCAGCACAAGGUCUACAUCACUGGGCCUCGGACUGUUGGAGCCGUCACCCUCGUUGUCCUUUACCCCGGGACAGACUGGGUCUGGAGACAUGCAUGUGCAAUCUGCUUUACGCCGGACACCCCAAAAUGAAACUACCCCUGAAGCUGCCAAUAAGUUGGCUGAAGGUGUCUUAAAGACUGUGCGUAGAGGGCAGGGAAAGCUGUUCCAAGGCACGCCUGAGUAUGCCCCUCAACUCAACAUCAGUUCCUCAGAUGCUAAAAAGAAGGCUCCAGUUACCAAGGUACCCAGAAAGGUCAAUAAGUUGCAGAAUAAGAAGGCCAAGACAAGGAACCCUGCUGAACAGCUACAGUCUACCCCCACUAAUAGUCACAGUAAAUCCUACACAGCUGCCCUUCCAACACGCACAGCAGGUGGUGAGAACUUGAACUCCUCUUACCGAAGUGCUACAUCUUCCUCUCGGGAGCAGUCCCUCAGCAGUGGAGACCGCACUCUGACUGGGAUCACUAGCUGUACUGGGGGCAGCCCUACCAUUGAUAAUACUUCCCCCAAACACCCCUCCCCCAGGACACCACCCACCCAGGUUCAGAGGUCAGCAGCUAUAGAAGAUCUUUCCCCAAGUGAUGUCAUUGUAAACAGGAUGAUGUCUACCAACUUUCAAGAUCAGUUGGACGAGGAAGACUUUAUGGGUAUCAUUAAGACAGGAGAGUUUGAGGGUAUGCCACCAUCAGGAGUAGAACAGUCCCCACAAUCUAUGUUAUAUCAAACUCCCAGGGAAGCAAACCUUUCGCAUGAGUCCGUACUGUCCGAGUUACACAACUCGGAGACAGUCCAACUAUCGGGUUCAAAUGAUUCUUCACGGUCAUAUGGCUCCCAGCAAUCAAAAUCACACAACUCUUCAACGUUAUAUGACUCAAGGUCGAACAACUCUCUAAAAUCACUGACUGCACAUCAUUCAAGGUCAUUUCAUGAGUCUCCAAGGUCACAGGCAUCACAUCAUUCACUGUUGGAAAGCUUAACUGGAAAAGGUUCCUUACAUCAUUCGUUAAGUUCAGCGAGAUCACAGGACUCUAACAACUCGCCAAGGUCAGAAGGGUCACACCAUUCCCAUCAGUCUUUCACACGGGAAAGUGUCCACUCCAUCAGCUCCAACCUGUCUCGCCCUUCAGGUUUACUGGAAGGAAGUGACCAGUCACCUAAUGUUAGUCUUCACUCUGGCCACUCCGGCCACUCUGGGAGACUAAACACCUCUAAAUUACGAUCUUUGACUGGUGAUCAUCUAGAUAAAUCUGUUGAGCUGGAUAGUUCAAGACACACCCUUCAAAACCUUCACGAUUCUUCGUUUGAGCUGGAGCAGCCUGAGUUUCUACCAUCAGACAGGAGUGACAAAGGGUCUGUGCAAUCUGGACUACCUGUACCUCAGUAUUAUUCUGACCACUCACUUCCCAUCAGUAAUGGACAUGGAUCCCCCUACAGACUAGACCUGGGGUCUCCACAGGCAGAUGAUCUGAAUCAGUCCGACGAUUCCUGUCCGACAUCUGCUAGGGCUUUAGUGAAAUCACUCAUGGAAGUGUGUGACUUAUUACCGGAGGCUGACCAGCCGGAGCCGGAGCCAGAGCCUGUGAUGAUGGCCAGUCCGCUGUCUAAGGAGGUCAGGGACAUGUGGAAGGAGGCAAUGCAAGAUAAAGAAACACCACGGUCAAAAUCAGGAAAAAAGAUCAACCUCUCCUUCACAAGGGACACUGAUACAGGAACUAGGAUUGACUUGGGAGGUGGAGGAGAUGGGGCCUACCCUAUGUUUAACAGUCUAGAAGGGAUGGAUGGGGAACAACUUGAGGACAUCCAACUCCCAAACAUGUCCAUGGAUGACAUCACAGAUGGAGUGCAAGACCUGUUUGACAACCAAGGGAGAUCACCCAAGCUUGACCUCAUCCCUGGAAUUACAAGUCUGGACAGUGUACAAACUGGCAGUUUGGGUGACAAAGUACAUGCCAAGCCCAGUUUUCCACGCACUGACACCACAGGAGAGGACAGUGAUAUCCUGAUAUCUCUCACCCCUCACAGACCAGUGGCAGAUAACUCACUCCACCUACAGACCAGUCCCUGGCUAGCUCAGGUAAACUCACCUUCCACUAGACAGUGGUCUUUUGGUAUUGAUGAUAAUACAAGUGUGGAGGAUGAUAUUCUGUCACUUGAAGGACAAGAAAUAGAAUUAGUGGAUGAUUUAGACGAUUCCUUUGUUCCACUUAAAGGAGGGUUCCAACUAGAAGGAGGAACUCCAUCAAAAUCUCCAGCUGUGUCAAAGACUUCUGUGCACCCUUCAUUCAGCAUGCCAAUCAGUGGGGGUUCACUGGACAGUGAAAAUCUUACUGCCUGGCUUCAAAAACUGAAACAAACUAAAGCUAGCAUUCUAGGAGAUUCCUAAUAGACAUUAUUUGUGUUUGUGUUGUAACAAUAUUUGACAGUGAAACUUUUCUUACCUUACACCCUGUGUGAUUCAACCAGUUGUGUGGAUUAGACAGAAUGUUUGAAUACACAGGUUUUAUACAACAGUUUUUAAUUAGAAAUUGAUAUGAUAGGAUAUCAGAAUACUUUGGGGUCAGAAAAGACAAUAUGUUGCAUUUUAGUGUUGCAGUUGCAUUACGAUAUGAAAGCAUUAUUGAAAUGUUUGUGUCAGUAUAGAUACAAAUCAUCAAGCAUUACGUCACCAACGGGCUGACAUUUUUAAUCAAUCAAUUGUCCCUGUGCAAUUGGCAACAAAUGAAUUCACAAAUUUCCAUUUUUUAUUGGAAAGAGAACAAUUGAGAUGGCCUCUUUUGUAAUGUUUGCCUUUCAUUAUUUCAUUUACUAAAGAUGUGGAAUGUUUCUAAGAAAAGUUAAUAAGCUUGUAUUUUGGGGAUGUAAUGUUUGUGUACAGUAAAAGCAUUUAAAUACCCUGCUAUACAAGACACAUUGCUCAAAUAAUUCAUCAUAACGCACGUAGCCAGUAAUUCAGCUGCUCCCCUGUUGUCUGUUGUCAAGGUAUUAUGGUUCAGGCUUGUGCUACUCUGACCCAUCUCUCGUCUUCACAGUGUGGCUUGCCCCUAAUUGUUUGGUUUCUCCAAGAGUUAAUUAAAAAUUAUAUUAUGCUUGUACAAGUCCAUAUUUGUUUAGGGUAAUCAUGAAAUACUUACGUAGAUGUAACAAAAUCAUAAUUGUAAAAUUGUAGUACGUGUGUAAUAACUGUCAUAGCAUAUACUAUACAAAGACAACAAUCUUUUAAAAAGACUGACUCUGCUCAAUUUGUUUUGUGCAAUUCUAAAACUGAAACUGGCUUGUCCGAUUUCAACGCAGUUAAAACAAACGGCUCAAACUGCUCAGUCGUGACUGCAGACUGGAAAUAGAAAGAAUUUCUCUUUUAAUAGAAAUACUUUGUAACUAUUAGUCAGACCCCUUUAGCAAAUUUUGUAACCAGCUAACAUGAAACAAGAAAGACAUUUGCUUUAUUUGAUAUUACUGGCCAGUAAACUAAAAAUGUAUUUUCCUUUUAACAUUUCAAUAUUUUGAUUAAUUUUGUUAUCUGAUUUAUACAUUAGAUUGUUUUUAGCUCAUCUGGCCCAAAGGGCCAUGUGAGCUUAUGCCGUACUGCGGCGUCCGCCAACUUUUUCUU